AUGGAUCAAAGGACUAAGGUGCUACUGCUACUUGUGUUCAUCAAAUUUUUUCUUAUAGCAGCAGAGACAGACCAAAAUGAUGCUGCUGCUCUAAGGGCUCUCGGGAGUAGUUGGGAAAACACACCAUCCAAUUGGGUGGGCUUUGAUCCUUGUGGCGGUUGGGUAGGAAUUGAGUGCAUCAAUUCACGUGUGACCUCCAUAACGUUGACAAACAUGAAUUUGACGGGCCAGCUAUCAGGAGAUAUCGGAUCGUUAUCUGAGUUACAGACUCUGGAUCUAUCAUCCAACAAACUCAUGACAGGACCACUACCACAAGCAAUUGGGAAUUUGAAGAACCUAUCAUCCUUAUGCCUGACUGGUUGUGGAUUCUCUGGUCCUAUUCCGAACGGAAUCGGAUCUCUGCAGCAGCUACUCUAUCUAGCUCUGACUUCUAAUAGAUUCUCUGGACCAAUUCCAAAUUCAAUUGGUAAUCUGUCCAAUCUCUAUUACUUGGACCUCACAGACAACCAGCUUAGUGGAUCCAUCCCAGUCUCUAGUGGGACUAUACCCGGUCUUGAUAUGCUACUUCAAACGAGGCACUUUCAUCUUGGAAAGAACCAGCUGUCGGGCACAAUUCCGCCUCAACUUUUCAGCUCAAAUAUGAAUGCCAUACAUGUGCUUUUUGAUAAUAAUAAUUUAUCUGGUAUCAUCCCAUCCUCUCUUGGACUUGUGCAGACCUUGGAGGUGGUACGCUUGGAUAGAAAUUCACUAAAUGGUUCUGUGCCUUCAAAUAUCAGUAAUCUUGCAAAUCUUCAUGAGCUGGCCUUGUCCAACAACAGCCUAACUGGCCCCAUGCCCAACCUUACUGGCAUGAACCUGCUGAACUAUUUGGAUAUGGGCAAUAACAGUUUCGAUAUUUCUGAGGUUCCUCCUUGGCUUUCAUCCUUACAGUCUUUGACAACAUUAAUGAUGGAACACACACAACUUGAAGGACCAAUUCCUGCUAACCUGUUCAGCCUUCCCAAUCUACAGAUAGUGGAACUGAGCAACAACCAUCUCAAUGGCACCCUGAAUAUUGGUACAACAUAUAGCAACCUAUUGCAAAGCAUCGAUUUGCAGAACAAUUCUAUCACAAACUUUGAUCCAAUAACUGGAGGAAACAACAUCACCAUAUUACUUGAGGGAAAUCCAACUUGUGAGAACACAGAUCAAAAGACAGAGAGUUACUGCAAUUCUUCCCAAUCAAGUUCCCCAAAUUUGAUGUCACGAAACAACUGUUUGCAAGUUUCCUGCAGUUCGGAUCAGGUUGCCAGCCCCAAGUGCAAAUGUGCCUAUCCAUACAAGGGCACUCUAUUCUUCAGAGCUCUUUCCUCCUUAGACUUGGGAAAUUCAAGUUACUAUGUAGCUGUAGAGGAGUCACUCAUGCAAACUUUUCAAUCCUAUGAUCUUCCUGUGGAUUCAGUUUCUCUGAGUAAUCCCACCAUAGACUCAUUUGGUUACCUUGGAUUGAGCCUGCAAGUUUUCCCAUCAGGAGAUGACCGUUUCAAUAAAACUGGAAUUACUAUGAUUGGAUAUGUUCUUAACAACUUGAGUUUCCGCCCACCACGUCUGUUUGGACCCUAUUUUCUUAUUGCAUCUAUAUAUGAUUACUAUGCAGGUAAUUCUGAGUUUGACAGAUCAAAUAAAAAGGUAAGCAGUGGCAUUAUAAUUGGAGCAGCAGUUGGUGGUUCUAUCCUCCUGUUAUUACUAGUCCUUGCAGGAGUAUAUGCUUACCACCAAAAGAAAAGAGCAAAAAGAGCUACUGAACAGAAUAAUCCCUUUGCAAAUUGGGAUGUGAAUAUGGGAAGUGGUGGUGUUCCCCAAUUGAAAGGAGCCAGGCGGUUCUCUUAUGAAGAGCUUAAGAAAUACACCAACAAUUUUUCGGAAGCGAAUGGCAUUGGAUCCGGAGGUUAUGGGAAGGUCUAUCGGGGAACUCUUUCCACUGGGAAAAUGAUUGCCAUCAAACGAGCUCAAAGAGAUUCUAUGCAGGGAGGCCAUGAAUUCAAAACUGAGAUUGAACUUCUAUCAAGGGUCCAUCACAAGAAUCUUGUCAUCCUUGAGGGUUUCUGUUUUGAGCAAGCUGAACAAAUGCUGGUAUAUGAGCAUGUACCAAAUGGUACUGUGAUGGAUAGUCUUUCAGGGAAGUCGAGAAUCAGGUUGGAUUGGAUGGGGAGACUUAAUGUAGCCAUUGGUACAGCUAGGGGCCUGGUCUAUCUGCAUGAACAUGCGAAUCCUCCCAUUAUACAUAGGGACAUCAAAUCAAGUAACAUCCUACUGGAUGAAAGUUUAAAUGCAAAAGUUGCAGAUUUUGGACUCUCCAAGCCUAAGGUUGACAGCGAAAGGAAUUAUGUCACCACUCAAGUUAAAGGAACACUGGGCUACAUGGAUCCCGAAUAUUACAUGACCCAACAGUUGACUGAGAAAAGUGAUGUAUAUAGCUUUGGAGUGCUAUUGUUGGAGCUCAUAACUGCAAGAAGGCCAAUAGAGCGAGGGAAGCAUAUUGUGAAAGAGGUAAGGGAUGCAAUGGAUAAGACACAAAAGUUAUACAAUCUUCAUGAAAUUCUUGACCCACCCAUUGGUUCAGGAACAACGUUGAAAGGUUUAGAAAAGUUUGUGGACCUAGCAAUGAGGUGUGUUGAAGAAUUAGGAGCCAAAAGGCCUACAAUGGGUGAGGUGGUAAAAGAAAUUGAAAACAUUAUGCAGCUUUCUGGGUUGAACUCCAAUGCUGAAUCCGCAUCAACUUCAGAAACUUUUGAGGAAGCUAGUAAGGGCCAUUCCCACCACCCGUACAGCAAUGAUGGCUUUGAUUAUAGUGGCUCAUUCCCUGCUCCAAGAUAG